AUGGAUGUCUUCGUCAUUGCGGAAAUGUUUGUUUUGUACCGCGAUGGUCUUGACAACAUCCUCGUUCUUCUCAUCGGUGGUAUCACCAUUGCCAUGCCCACCGUCCUCUCAAUCACCCUCGCCGUCGGUGCUCAGCAAUUAGCCAAGUACAAGGCCAUUGAUACACGCAUCACCGCCAUUGAAGAGUUGGCUGGCGUUACUAUCCUGUGCUCUGAUAAGACCGGAACUUUGACCACCAACAAGCUCACCAUCGACCGCAACACUAUCCAGACAUACAGCCCCUUCUCCACGGAAGAUGUUAUACUCCUUUCCGCUUACGCCUUGCGUGUGGAGAAUCAGGACGCCAUUGACACGUCCGUCGUUCAAGCGCUCGGAGAUACAGCCCGUGCUCGUGCCGGAAUCAAACUGCUCGACUUCAAGCCGUUCAACCCCGUCGAUAAGCGUACCGAGAUCACAUACCGUGAAGAGUCGACCGGCAAACUGAAGCGUGUCACCAAGGGUAUGACGGGUAUCAUCAUCGAACUUUGCACGCGCAACAAGACCAAGGAGCUGGAGGAGAGGUUGGAGAAGGACGUAGAAGACUUUGCUAUCCGUGGCCUCCGGGAUUGCGCCCUCAGUACUUCAUGA